CCCAGCCUGCCCACGCCACGUGACAGCGCGCCGUCGCAUGGCCCGCGCCUCCACCGACGCCGACGCCACCGACGCCGCUCUCUCACGCUCGCCAGUCGGCAUGGCGCGGGCAGCCGCCGCCAGCAUCUCCACCAUCGUCCACCGCACGCGCACGACAAUAACACGGCUGGGACCGCACUAACCGCCCAGCCGCUCCGCUCUGUGAUACGCCAGCAAUAAUAUACCACAGCCGUCGACAGCAAUAACGAGCUACUCCUGUCCGAGCCGCCAGAUAACGGUGUAUUUUUUAUUGGAAUUGUUGUAAGGAAGCGACUUUAGCAAUAAAGCGGAGCAGAUCCGCAGAGAGUGACUAUUUUUUUGGGAAGUCGCGGACCGGCCGCCGCCGACUGAGCGAACAGCCGGGGAGGAGCCGGGGAGUUCUCGCAGCCGCCACCAUCAGCGCCACGAGCAGCAAGAUGGCGUUCGCAGCGGCCCGCAUGAUACUCAAGGACAAGCGGCGGAAGACGUCCAAGGAGGACUUCGCGCCGCGAAACAGGAGCAAGGCGCGGAGUAGCGCGAGCACGAGUAGCUUUAGGAGCAUCACUCAGGCCCGCAACAAGCCGGCGGACGGCGGCGGGCACGUCAACCAGAAGGGGGCGGCGGGGGCGAAGGCGCCGCCGGGGGCGGGCCCCAAGUCGGGGGCGGGCGCCAAGGCGGGGGCGGCCAAGCCGGCAGUGAAGGCGCCGUCGGCGCAGAAGGGGCAGGUGAAGCAGGCGCCCACCAAGCAGGCCGCCGCCUCCAGCACGGCCGCCGCCGUCGUCAGCAACGCCGCCGUCACCGCCGCCGCCGUCAAGCCGCUCAACGCCGCCGCCAAGAAGAACAAGAAGGGCCAGCGCCAUCAGCAGCACGACCUCAUCGUCACCAUCAACCUGUCUGAAUAUGGAUUAACAGAAGACCAAGUAGCAGAGUUUAAAGAGGCAUUCAUGCUGUUUGACAAGGAUGAAGAUGGCACCAUAACUAUGGCAGAACUGGGGGUUGUCAUGAGAUCACUAGGACAAAGACCAACAGAGACAGAACUGCGUGAUAUGGUGAAUGAAGUGGACCAGGAUGGAAAUGGAACCAUUGAGUUUAAUGAGUUCCUGCAGAUGAUGUCAAAAAAGAUGAAGGGUGCAGAGGGUGAAGAUGAGCUCCGUGAAGCAUUCAAAGUGUUUGAUAAAAACAAUGAUGGUCUGAUCUCGAAUUCGGAGCUACGGCAUGUAAUGACAAACCUUGGAGAGAAGCUAUCUGAUGAAGAAGUUGAUGAUAUGAUUCGAGAGGCUGAUCUUGAUGGGGAUGGCAUGGUCAACUAUGAAGAAUUUGUAACUAUUCUGACAUCAAAGAAUUAGUCCAACUGCUCAGAAAGAUGUCAUGGAACUUGGGCAGAAAGAAUAGCAAGGCUCUCAGGAGGCACUGGAGUUUGUCCUGAAGUCACAUAUAUCUACCAGAAUUAUUAAGGAAUUAUGAUGCUAUGUUGUGUUUUAGUUGGGUAAUUCCCUUUUCUUAUGGAUAAGGGACUUACAUUUUCAAGAGCUUCUGUGGUGGUUAUUGUACAACACCUUGUAUCAAUUUAAUAUGAAUUGUAAAUGAAAUAAGUUUUUAACAAUACAUGAAAGUGUUAAUUAUGCUGCUAUAUUUUUUCUUACUGUAAGUGAUACCACACACAGAGCAAAGAAUAAGUUAUUAAACUACUAUGAUUUUAGAUUUUAUAACAAAAAAUAAUAGGCCAAACAAAGUUGUUUAACAGUGUUUUGUACAGUUAGUGCUGCAAAAUUUCAGGCAAUUUGACCAGGAUCAUUAUUAUUUUUAAUACAUGUAACUUAAGCUGCAAAAUAUACAUAAAAAUAAGAUGCCAUUUUUAAAUAUGGUAACUGUAUGUUAAACACUGAGAAACAUGGAAAGUGCUGGUCACUGCAAUACUGUGCUUGUGUUGGAGCCAGUGACAGUGUCACUCACCAUCUGUAAGCAAUGGGAAAAUGUGGGGGCAACACAGUUAAAGGGAUCUGAGUGCCUCUUCUGAUUCUGUAUGGAAACUAGAGAUCAACACAGAUCUCAAAUGAGACUGAGUUAUCGCUCUUCAUCUGAAUCUCCAAUAGCACAUUUUACCAUUUCUCAUAGUUGGCAUGUGCCAAAGUUUGUUUGUGUAUUGUUACUCCCUGAAUCAUUUAUUUAAUUAAUUUAUUAAACAUAUACCUCUUGAAAAUUUGAAACAAGAACUCUGACAAAAAUAUGUUGUAAUAUAUCAUUCUUAAGCAGUUAAAAGUAACUGAAUAGUUGUUGAUAGAUAGACAAUAACAUUGUUGAGGUUUUCUGUGGAUUUUGUUGAAAAUAUAAUGGAUGUACCAUUUUAUAGCUAUAUACAUAUGGCAUUUAGUUUCUAGUCUUUGGCUAUAUUUAUACAGUUGAAAAAAGAGUUGAUUUACUUUAUAACAUUGUACCCUGUUCCUUUAAGAUAUAUGUCACUGUAUCCUGAGCAACUGCUGAUGUGGAUUACAUUCUAUAUUUUAAGACAUCCUUACAGUCAUUUCUUUGCUCAAGGUAUCAUUAAUAUUUUCAGAUAAAUUGUGCAGGGAUAUUACGGGUUAAUUCAAAUUUUUAAUUGUUUAAAACAUUGUACCAUUAGCCAUUUAAUGUUUAUGUAUUAUACCAUCUUUAUGACACUUUUUAACCUCUGAAACCAAAAGAUAAUAUAAAUUUGGAAACUAUCAGCAGAUUUCUGCAAAUUCAUCAUAAAUCCAAUUUCAAGGGCUUUCUGAAAGGCAUUGUUAUGGAACACAGGACAGGCAUUCCAGUAGUACACACACAGUUCUUGUACUUUGUUUAUGAUUAUUUUAUUAUAUAGCAUUUGAAAAUUUAUUAACAUAACCUUUCCUGAUGCUCACAAGCAGCAAUAAUUAAUUAUGAUUAGUUUUUAUGUGUUGUAACUCACUCAUAAUUUACAUUCUUCUCAUUAUGAGUGGAAGAUCAUACUAUACUGGGUAUAACAUUUGAGCUUGGCAUUUCUAGAUGGUAAUUUAGAGGCAGAUCAAUAUGUUAGAGUGGCAACAGUUAGGGAGUAAUGUGUUCUUAAAUGUACAGUUAUAUUUACAGGAUGGAUCAGCAUGGUAACAUACACCCUUAGCACCCUUUGAAAGCUACCUGUAGAAAGAUGGUCUAAUUAAGAAAAUGUACCCAUCCAGCUUGUAUGUAACUUAAUUCCUUAUCCCUCCAUAAUACAAGAUAUUUAAGAUAUUUUUAAAUGUAUACUACAAAGUAGAAAAUGUGUGUAUGUUAAAUGUAAAUUGUGUAAAAAUAUUGUGAUGCACUUCACUUCAGUCUUUAAAUAGUGUCCCAUUUCAGUUGUUAUUCUGUUCAUUCAAAAUCAUUAUCCUUAAUCUGGUGGUCACAUGACUAACGUCUCCUUAUGAUUUUGAUGUAGUUGUCUUAUAGAAACAAGAUUGGUGUCCCUUCAUAAGUUCUGUUUCUAGUUUGAAUUUAGCUGUGGAACCAAUGAAUCUGUUAUAUGUUAGUGCAAUUGUGUCAUAGUCAAGUGUAGAUUGAUGUGAUAAGUUAGGCAGAACAAUGUAUACUUUUAAACAACAUAUAUUAGUUUCAGCAUGGACAAAGAAAGCACACUAAUGAGGAGAGUUGAACAGUUACUUGAACAUUUCUGCCAUUUCAACUUCAAGAGGGGGCACCUGUUAAAAUGGUAAAGAAUUAUAACUUUUUGCACAUAGAAUUUCAUUUUAAAUGGGAUAAACACUUCCACAUUAGUGUUUCAUGACAAAAUCAAAUCCCUUUUCCUACGUUGAAAAAUUUACUUUCUUCUUUGCAUUAUUUCUCUGUUUUGUUUUUAGUCCAGUUUCAAACUAAAACAAAUACAUGACAAAUACUUGCUGAACUGAUGAGCAGAACUCUAUAAAUUAGCUGGAAUUUAUAGAAAUAAUUCACAUUUCCAUUUAGCAUAAAUAACUAUAUUUUGGUUACAUUUUAUGAAGGUCAUACCAUAAAAUAUACAUCUGUGGGGGAAUAGUUUUAGAAUCCAGUACCAUAUUAUAACAAAGGCAUUAUUUGAUUAUUCAUACACAUACAUAAGUUCAUCCACUAUUUUAUCCUAGUAGUCUUAAUUAAUAUAGAUUUAUUCUGUUCAGAAAUAUUUCAGCUACAACAUACUCAGUUCUACAUCAAUGCAACUAUAGAGAACAAGCCAACAUCUAUUAAUUGGAUUAUAAGUAGAUCAAAUUUACUAUCUACUGAUUUAUUUUCUGUAUCUAUAUGAGAAUUUCAUUAAAUGAUAGAAAAUUGUAUCUAGCAGGAAGCAUACUGAACUGGCCAAAAUCUUUUCAGUGAAGGCCUCAAAAUGGAACACCAUCUAUCACUUUCACUUUCUUCCAAAUAUUCAAUCUUUCUAAAAAUAUGUUUGACAGUCAAAAGUGUUUUAUGCUUUAUUGUUAAUUAGGAUGUGGGUACUAUAACCAAUUAUGUAUAGGGAACUAAACAAAAUUUCCAAAAAAUGAAAAAUCUGAAAUUCUGUUUCACAUUGCUCCUUUUAACUAAUUCUCUGAAUUAGUCCACUUUCAGCUGAGUUGUAGAUAUCUAUUUUCAACAAAGUGUUGGUAAGUUUCACUUUCUGUGUUGAGCAGUUGUAAAACAGACUGAAUGUUACAGAUCAAAUGCAUGUUUGUAUUGCAUAUUUUAUUUCUAAAAUCAUUGUUACUAUGUUAAAUCAUUAUCAUUACAUAAUUGUGAGUACAUAUAUUUUGUUAACUGAUAUUUUAGUGUGAAAUCAUACAAGAUUAUAUUUUGCAUAUAUAAACUGCAUUAGUUCAGAAUAUUAAUGUGAUGAUAUAGAUAACAUACUUUUAUAGUAUCUUGGCACAAAGUCCAUAUUAGUGACCAGGCAGCCAACAUAAAAGUAUCCAUUCUCCCAAUUUAUCAUGGCAACAGUAAGUGAAGAGGAUUUCAGCUUAAGAUAUCUGUAGCCUUCUUUCCAAUGUCACCGUCCAUGUUAUUUUCAGAUGUUUACUAUAUUUCUUUCUUGGAAUAUUCAGGUCAAGAAACAUAUGAUUUUACAAUGUUUCAUGGAAGAGAAUUUAUUAAAGAAGUGUGUUAUUCUGUAAAAGAAAUGUGUAACAAUUUGUGGAAUCCUUAUUCGUAAAAGAUGUACAAGCAUUUUUUUAAGUUUUCAUUUGGGAUAAUAUGUAAAGAUAUGGAACUGUAUGUAAAAUUUUUGGGAUGUUUGAAAGUAAUUUUUAUAGAACAGUUCAUUGCAGUCAGCCAGGGAAUAUAGACAGGGAAUAUACAUAAAUAUACUAGAACAUGAUUUCAGUACUUGUAUACAAAUUGCAGUAAGCAUUAAGUUUGACUACAGAUCUCCUGCUGAAGGAAUACUGCUAGUUUACACAGAUAAAAAAAUCUUGGAAACUGUUUUUCAAUAAAUGUCCUGCCUGAAUUGCUAAAUAAGGCAGCAAAUAAAGCAAAGUAAGUGAAAUACAUAAAUAUUAUCUCUCUUUGUUUAGUUUUGCUAAGGGCAUUGCCAUACUUAUUUUUUUGUUGGUGUAAUUCCUAGUAAUGUCUUCCAAAAAUUAGUUUCUCCAUGGGUCUUCAUUUCUUGAUUGCAACAUGCUACCAAGUGUCAGUGUUAUUCACAUGUGGUAUUCCCUGUUAGAAAAGUAACAGACAUUUCCCACACCAGAAAAACUAUUGGAAAGAAACAAUUUAACCAGGCCAUGGAAAAGAGCUGGUACUAUUGCAUUAGUACCAUUGUACAGUUUUCAGUCAUUGUAAAUUUCAUACUGUUUCAUUGUUCAUUUUUAGUGUGCAAAAGAAAAAAAAGACACAUGACGUAAACUUAAUCAGUUUGAUUGUGUAUUUACACUGAGGGAAAGAGAUACCAGUACUUCAUAAGGCAACCCCAUACAGAACAUUACUUUGAAUGUGUAAUAUGCACUCAAAUUGUAGUAGCCAUAACACAUUUUCAGUCUUCUGAAACAAUAAUAAAAAAUACAAUUGUAAGACAUGUUACAAAUGAUUGCUAAUGUUUCAGAAAUAACACAAAAUCAGGGAUACAGUUUAAAGUCAAAUACAUUAUAGUGCAUAUACUUAUAUGUAAAAGCAUAUCCUUUGAGCGAACACAUAUGUGAAUUAUUUCCUUAACUUCUUUUUAAUUUAAUUUAAUGGUUCCAGAAAUAAGACAAACACAGCUCAGCUACCGGACAUAGCUGUAAACAAUUUAAAAAAAAGAGCUAAUCAGUAUGGAAGUAAACAAAAAGUUAUGUUUCAUUCUAGCUAAAUUUACAUUGGCCUAUUUCUGUAGCUACAAUGCCUGCUUAUAUUUCUGACACCAGAUGAAUGAGUGAGACAUAGUACCAGCCAAAGAUGAGCAUUAUAUUAAAAACAACAACAAAAACAGAACUAUAGCUUAUAAAAUAUUUUGCUGUGGAACAUGUAAUGUUAAUUAUGAGAAGUGGUACUACAAUGAGCUGGUAUUCUAUACAUACUGAACCUUCAAUCUAUUAUGUAUUUGACAAGUCAGAACUUUCUUUAUUAAUAGGUACUAAUAUCACCUGUCGAAAGCUAUGACCACCUAGUCAUCAAAUCCUGAAACUUUGUGUGAAAACAAUGAAAUCAUUAAUAUCUUGUACGACUGCUAAAUUAAAAGACAGUUGUAUUGCCUCAAAUAGUCCACAUGAAAAUUACUGAGGCAAUAUGUACAUUACAUUGUCUUACAACCAAUCAUGGAAAUAAUCUGGACAAUGACUCAGAUGCCCUUUAUUCCAAAAUAUUUACAUCUGCAAGAGAGGUCUGGUGUGAGACUAUUGAAUAAUUCCAUUCUCAUGAAAACUAUCUAUCUUCUCUCCCCUUGUAGUUAAUACAGAGGUCAAAGCCCAUACCAUUCCUCAUGUUAAUGUACCGAAGUGCAAGCUCUUCUGAACAAGUUUCAGUCAGUCAUUAAAACAUCAAAUAUGGUUAUAUCUGAAACAGACUUACCUGUUUCUCAGUGUUUCACUUAAAUUUUCCACCCUAUGAGAAGUUAUAGAGACUCUACUGUCUGGUGUCAGUGAUACAGUAGGUAUGGAAAGCAAUUUGUUUCCAUAGCAUAACAUUUAUUCUAAUUUUAUGUCAUUUUACAUCUGUCUCUUCUGAUUGGAAUGAAAAUUUAACUGUUUUGUUGCAAAAUUGUUGUUAUUGUUCUUACUCAGUGAUAUUUGACUAUCAGAUUUGUUCACUGAUAUGUAGUUUUUGUGAAUGUCCAUAAAAACAAAAAAGAAAUAGAACAACAUUAGCGUAGCUUUUACAUGGAAUGAAAAUCCAAACAGGAAAUGCUGGUCAGAGAAAAUGACUACUAGAUCAGCUUUCCAGAUAAAUAAUGCUUGUAUAAAACUGCAUGUUUUCCUUAUUUUAAUAAGGAUUAUACAUAGUCAAGGUAAUAGAUCAAUCUAUAUUCUGUAAGUAAUAGAAUUAAAUGAUCAGUUGCUGGAUUAUGUUAAAUAUGUUACAGCAUUUUUCUCAUCACUAGUCACUUCUGUGAACUUUAACUAUCUAAUUAUGAGUGUUUGUGAAUUAUUUUGAACCUCUUUGGAAAUACAUAUAUUCAAGUAAGAGGUCUGCAAGUAUUUGAAAAGUAAGUUGUAAUGAGUGUGAAACAUAGAUUUGUACCUGAGGUGUGCAUAAUUCAGGUUAACUUGUGAACAGCUGGCUUUGUAUAAUCAAUUGAGUAUUUUUAAAUGACCACAUUGUAAAAUAUAAACUUGAGACUAAGAUCUGUUAAGUGGCUUAACACAUUAAAAUCAUGAAGCCUAUAAACAGGAUAUUUUAAGAAGGAAGCUUUUAAUAAGAAAGGUUGUGAAAGUUAAUUUCAUGAAUGAUAACUGGAUUAUAUGUAUUUAGUGAGAGGGGUCUUCCUUUUACUAAAAUAAUGUUACAUCAGAGGUGCAGUAUUUUGUAGCAAUGGUAGACAAAGAAGAUAUUAUUACCAUAGUACUACUGCUAAUAUAUCAGUCCUAUACAAGAAUUGCUUAUCUCUGUCUAAAAGUGUGAUUUAAAAAUACUAAUAAAUUAAUAAUGAAUUAAAAUAACUCAUCAAUGAAUAAAUUAUUUUAAAAAUUUUCCUUUAUUCACAAUAGAACUGAUUUAACAUAAACCUUUACUAAUACUCAAUGAAAUUCAAAUAAAGAUUUAUCUAAAUUAAUUGAUAAAAUGUAUAUAAAUGUUAUGUGUGAAACAAACUGUUAAUAGAAACAAAAUAUAAUUAAAACUGAUGCAAACAUUAUAGAGAUGAUAUAUCAAAUAUGUUUUAUAAAUGUCAAUGAAGCCCAUUCCUGAAAUUGAUAUAUUAGCCCAUAUACAAAAACAUACAUGUAUAUACACAAUAGCUAUAUAUACAAGAAUAUUUACUUGUACAUGACAAUGUUACUUUGUGAUAGAAACUUUACCCCACAUUAUCCAAUGUACAUUCUAGUGCUGUGUUACAGAACAGGGAAAUAUAAUCACUUUUUUCUAAUAAAA